ACGUACACACACAAACAAAUCUCCCAUAUUUUCUCUCUGUUUUCCGAUCGUUUCAGUCGUUUUCUCAGGCAAUUUCUUUCUCAUACACGUCUCUACUUCUUUCAAUUCCGUUUCUCUAACCAAAUAUACAUCCAUACCCAUUUCCCAGAAUCGCUUCCCCGACCAAACUUGCGUGUCCAGAGAGCAGAACGAUUUUCCGCCGAUUUUGACGUUUUAUUUGAUAACAUUUCUGGUUGACCAACUCGGCCUGUAUGUCGGCGCCUCUUUUUCUUGGUUGAUUUAUAAUCAAGACCGGGAAGUGAUUUGGAACUCUCUUGGUAGAUUUGUGAUAGUUGCAAAUGAAGUGAGUUCGAUGAGAAUUCUUGCAUGCGAUAAAAGGAUUUGAAUGAUGGGUACGCAUUGAAAGCCAGAAUCAUUGUAAUGAUGAAGAGAAUUGAGAGAAAAAAGAAUCAAAUUUCCCGGAAGCAGGGAGGUUUUAAGACUCACAAUUGCUCCAAAUUUUGCAUCUGAUUUUUGUUGUUGCUGUGGCAUUACUACAAAGGAAGAAAUGAUUUCUACUUUCAUUUUCUAAAAGACACUUGAGUUUUAGCGAGUGUUUAGUCAAACUAGUGACAGAUUUGUCAACAGAAAUGGAAUCUAGGGAGCAAAUGCCAAGCGUUAUUGCAAGAUUGAUGGGUAUUGAUGAACUCCCGCCUCAGCAGCCUGUCCAAAAAAAACAAAGAGUGCUUUCCGAUUAUUAUUUACAGAGAGUUGCAUCUAUAGGUGUCCGGGAGAAGCGUUCAUCCCAUGAGCGUCCUUCAUUUAGGAUGAGCAUUGAAGAGCAAAAGGAAUUAAGUUACAUAUUUAGAGUAUUGGAUAAAUUAAAUAGAUAUAAGCACCAUAACCUGUCAGUUGAAGAUGGGAGGCUAAGCUCAAGCUCAUCAGAUGAAAAAAUGGCGUUCAUAAGGCAGAAUUUUUUAGAUUCAAAAUGCAUUUCAGGGGAUGGGAGGCUAAGCUCAAGCUCAUCAGAAGAAAAAAUGGCAUUCAUAAAGCAGAAUAUUUUAGAUUCAAAAUGCAUUCCAGGGGAUAGGAAGCUUCAAAACCAGAAGGAACUUCAAGAUGCAAUGGACAUUACAGAUUGGAAAGCUUCAAAACCAAAAUAUUUCCAAGAACCAGAUUCUUCGUUUACCAAGCACUCUCAAGAUUGGAAAGGUGUCCCUCCUGACCCACAAUCUGGGCAUGUUACUGUCUCAAUGUCAUCAUGUACUUCUUACAGUAGCAAUAUUGACAGAAGUAGGAAUCUAGGGAGGACAACUGUACCAGGAAAUUUUAAAUUGCUGCAGAAACCUGAGAAUGGCCUUUUUGGAAAUUCCUAUAGAGAACUUGGCCUUGAUAAUAUAUGCGAGUUUUCAAGAUCUCGAUUGGAGUCAAACAGUGAUCAUGCCCCCACAAAAAUUGUUAUUUUGAAACCAAACCAUGGCAAGGCUGAGAAUGAUGCAAGACGUUUCUCUUCACCUAGUUCUUAUGAAGGCUCUUUUUUGGGUGAUAGGAAGUCAAAAGAUGUUCCUGCUCCUCAAAAUAGGAAAUUACACAUUGAAGUCAAAGAGAGGAAGAAUUUGGCCUAUGACAUUGAACCUACUAGGCAAUGGCCUGGAGUGUCAAGUGAAAGUUCAGGAGAAGUUACCAAACGAACAAGGCAUGGCACAAUUGGGAUUCCAAAAAAGUUACCAAGGUCAGGAUUGAGGGUUGAUGGCACCUUUGUUGAAGAGUCUGAGAUGAUGAUGCCUUCAAAUUUCUAUUAUUCAAAGAAUCAAUGCAAGUCCUUUUCCUUUUCGCAUGGGUCAUAUGUCACCAGGGAAGCAAAAAAGCAAAUCUCCGAACAAGGGAAGAUGAAUAACAAGUUUGAAAAGGAUGGUUUGAAGAACGGCUCUGUCAGAAACUUACCAAGGUCCAGAUGUCUUCCUGCAUCUUCCUCUGCCACUGGGAGUACUAGAAUCAGGACCAGAUAUGAAGGUCUUCAAAGUGACUGGUAUUUGAGCCUGGAACAGUCUGUUAAUUGGGCACAGCACAGGUCAAGAAACCAAAAUUUGAACCAGAAAUAUGGUUUAGAAAGUAGAAACUUAUUCAGCUAUAAGAAAUCACAUUCUUUUACCUGCUUGGAUUUGGAAAGUGAUCAUACUGUAGAAGAGAUGUGUGUGGUUCUAGAUGAGGUGAAGAACAAACUUGAGAAGGGUCUGUCUAAUCAGGAUUUCUUGGAUCCUCAGUCAUCGAGUUCCAGUGUUUCUUACUCUGAUUUCGAAACUGAUCACAUUGUACAAGAUACAAGGGUGGUGGAAGCUAAGCUGAAGAACAAGCUUGAGAACAACAUGUCUGAACAGAAUGCCCUUCUUCCUAAUCCAUCAGUUUUUAGUGUUACCUCGGUGAGCAUGGCAACUGAUGUGGUGACUGAUGCAGAGAGUAACGUUGUGGGCAGGCCUUCUGGAAAUUCCAAGGAAGAGCAGUUUGAACUAGCUCCCUGCAUCUUAGAGACAAAUUCUGAUUCUAGUCAUGCCUCAGAUACUUUGAUUCAGCAGGAAACAUCAGUUGGAUUCCGUGAAGAAGGUUCUGUUUUCUCACAGUGCUCUCGCACAUGGCAAGAAUCCAAAUUGACCUUGGAAGAGGCUUAUCAUCCUAGUCCAGUUUCAGUUCUGGAACCACCUUUCAAAGAAGAGUCUUCAUCCAGUUCUGAGUUCUUAGAGAGUGUCAGCAGUGACUUCUGUGAUUUCUCGGAAACACACUCAGAAGGACAUGAAAUUGUCGUGUCAAGUGAUGAAGAUUCUGGGGAAGGAUCUGUAGACGACCCUGAAGAAAACAAAGAUUUAAUGGGAUUGUUUAGAGUUGAAGAAGGUAGGGAUUUCUCCUACCUCAUUGAUGUCUUAACCGAGGCAGGUUUUCAUGGCGGGAUCCUGGAUAUGAACUUCAGUACCUGGCACUCUCCAGAAUGCCCAAUAAGCCUUUCAAGUUUUGAGACCCUAGAAAAAAAGUGUGGUGAGCAGGCUUCCUGGAAGAGAUCGGAAAGGCGGCUUCUUUUUGACCGAAUAAAUUCCGGGCUGAUGGAGAUACUCCAGCCAUGCAUGGGUAUGCCCAAAUGGGCAAAGCCUGCAUCAAAAAGAUUCAACUCCAGGCUGAGUCAGGACAUGAUUGAGGAAGAGUUGUGGAUGUUUCUGGUCAGCCAAGAACAGGAAGUGAGCAAGGACCCAACAGUGAAAGUGCUGGAAAAGGAGCUGGGAUCUUUAGAUUUAGGAGAUGAUAUCGAUUUUAUAGGUAGAGAAAUAGAGAGAUUAUUGAUUGAUGAGCUUGCGGCAGAGGUUUUUGGCAUGGACAAUUUUUGAACACUAGUGUUAUGUUUUUGGCGGAUAUCUAUAUAGUAUGAGAACCAUUCUGAAAGAGAGAUUUCUGUAUAUAGCAAUCGUUUUGAUCCGAGUGAAAAUAGUGUGGAGAGAUAUAGGCAUAAAUUCAGUUUUGUUCAUACAUGAGGGUAUUGAUAUAUUAUCAAGGGUUCUCGUAUUUCUGAGGGAUAAUUGUAUCAUGAUCUUUGUGUAAAAUUCUUUUUCAAUUUACUAUUUAUUUAGUUA